AUGGGGCCCUCGAGCGCCUGUGCGCUGAGCAGCCUCGCGGGGCGAGUCGGGCGCCGCGGCGGUAAUGGUGGUGCCGUUGUCUACAGGGGCUCCGGCAUCGGCUCGGCGAAGUGCCUCUGCAGCGGGAUCAGCUCGGACGAGCGCCCGAAGCGGCCUCUAACGGCCUAUUUUCGUUUCCUGAAAGAAAACUUUCCUGGUUUUAGGCAAAAAAAUCCAGAAAUGAGCAGUGUGGACCUGAUGAGAAAAAUAGCAGGUGCUUGGAAGGUGUUACCAGUAUCACAGAAGCAUGUUUAUGUGGAAGCUACAAAGACAGACUGGAAAAGAUAUGAAAAGCAGUUGGCCACAUACAAAGCACAGCUAACUCCAGCCCAGGCUGAGGCUUUGAGAGAAGAAAAGAGAAGACAACAGGCAAGAAAAAGAUUGAGCAAGACAAGAAAAGAAUUGGCUCUGCUUGGAAAACCUAAAAGACCUCGUAAUGCCUUUAACGUUUUUGUGGCAGAACACUUUAAAGAAAGUGAGGGAAUUACACCUGUGGGAAAGUUGAAGCAGUUGUUUGAUGCCUGGCAAAAACUGUCCGACUCUCAAAAGCAGCCUUACAAGCAGCUUGCUGAAGAUGAUAAGGUUCGGUACGAGAAUGAAAUGACAUUGUGGGAAACAAAAAUGCUUGAACUGGGACGUGACGACCUGAUUCGUUCCAAAAAGCAAAAGCCAAAAAAGAAAACUGUUGAAACUGUGAAGCAAGCUGAAACAGCCAAAGCUUCCUCACGUGAAGACAAGGCACAGUUGCAAUUGGAAAAAUCAGAAGAAUAAAAUGGUUAAGUAAUUUGUAUUUAAUGCCCUUUGGUUGUCAUGUCUUUAUCCUGCUGUGUUAAUGCUGCAGUCUGCAUUAGCACUGAAAUUUGGAAAGCCCAUUGAAAUAAAAGCAGUGGUCAGGUAAGAGAGGAUGCAGUGUCUCUCGGAACUGGCAGAAAUAAUCAUUGCAGGGGUAGCCUCAACUGUACCACAAUAACCGGUUAAUGAAGCUGUGAAUACUUACACUGACAUUAGCAGAGCUCUCCAGUAAUGGUAGGUAACAGCUAGCUUUUAUAAGAUAUUUUUUAUGAAAGCAAGAAUAUUCUACAAUGUUACCAUCUACAUGCUGUAAAUAGGAGCUGAAAUCUGAGUUAAUGCUGUGUUUUAUUCCCUCCAUGGUCUUGGCAGUGAAGAGAAAUGUUCUACAUUUCAACAAAAGGCACAAGAAACAUAAAAUACUUUGAUGUAUCCGUCUUUUUUUACGUAUCAAUCAGUGUAUUACACUUACGUUGCAUUUAAUUAAAGACCACAUGAGUUUUUUAUAAACGUAUCUUUACUGGACUUUUAUUCCAUGGUUUUGUUUGGAUCCAUGCAAACACUUUUGCUUUCCUGUUGUCACAUUCAGGACAGCCUGGAAGGAAAAGAAAUUGUGUGAGCUGUUGGAACUCUUGAGUUUUGAUGUAAUAAACACAGGUAUUUUGAA